AUGCUAAGACCAAGUCUUCGGAGAUUCACAACAACUAGAUUAUAUCUGUCCAAGACAGUAUCCAAUAGAAUCAUCAUUCCACCGGCUUCUCAUUUCCCAACUGUCAAGUCACCAGCCACCUCAAUCCCAAGACAUGAAUAUAGGCAAUUACCAGAGGACUCCAAUUAUAUUGAAAAGUUCUAUGAUGAACUAGAAACUUUCUCGAAUGAAAUCCUUAUCAAGCAACUAAAGAAGACGUAUGCUGACUUCGACGAUGAACCAGAAGAGCUACUUUUCCAAUUGGAAAAAUACAUAGAAUUGCAAAUCAUUCCAAAACACUCUGAUACUCAACAAGCAGCUAACGAUGGACCUAUAAGAUCCAUACAAUGUCGCACUUUAAGUGACAAGAUUAUUAUCGAGAGGUUCUUAGAUCUCGCAAGAGGCAUGAAACUGACCCUACUGUUGAACGGUGGUCAUACAUUCAUUUUCGAUGUCUUGCUGCAGGCCAAGCAAGUUUUUGACAAGAUGCAGCAGACGAAUAACUAG